GGGGGGGGGCAGACACGCCUCGUCUUUGUCUUCUCGGCAACGUCAACCGACAACAGAUCUGGGGCUAUCCGAUUGCCCCGGCAUUCGCCAAGUGUGAUUUUUCAAAAGAGGAACUUUGAAAGUGGUUAUUAGGCGAGUACGAGAAAUCUACUUUGAAGCCAGGACGUUUUCUUUUCUUUUUCUUCGCAGAACGUGUCCUCGCCCAUAGGUACGGGCGACCGGGUGGCUUGAUGAGAAAGAACCAAACAAAAAGGGUGUUUGUUGGAGCGUUGCUCGUGUGGUGUACCACCUUGUCGAGGGGAUAUUCUUGGACGGCUUGUGUGUAAUGAAGAAAAGGCCAGAUGGAAUGAAUAAUCAUGAUUGACAUUGUUCAACGAGCCGAGAGUCAACCUUUCAUUGGCCUUUUUUUGAUCGUUUAAAAAAAGAAGGUGUGGUGGACGUGCCCUCAAGUCCACUAGUUCAGUGAGGCUGUUUUUCCUCUUGUUUUUAUCAUGAUCGAGACACCUCGCGUAGAAGAGAAGCAGAAAAAAGCACGUACCACUCGUCGUGGCUAUUCAAACUCACUCAACCAGCCUUCGAGAUUGUGAUUCGUAUGCGGGGGACUGGUUUAGGAUCAUAAUGCGGGGCUAAUGGUAGUGGUGGUGGGUGGUGGUGGUGGUAGUGGGUGGUCAUGACGAUGAAUGAGUGAUUCACUUUGACGUAUCUUACUUGAAUAGUGAUGAAGCUCGCCUCGCUUGAAUCUCUUCAGUCAUCCUCUUCUAAUUCACAUGUGCCAUGUGCGCGCGUAGCGUACGUGGUUGAGGUGGGUAAGAUACUUGUUGAAUGUAAAAUUACUCGGUACGGAGUACUUCUUUCGAAGGACCCAAGACAUUUCAUGACCAGAGCUAUCCACAUACGUACUCUCGCCGUCCGUCGAAGAGGAGAAAGCACGCAAUUCAUCAACCUCCAAGCGGCUAAUCUCCUGUACAGUACUCCGUAUGUUACGACGAGAUACGGAUAGCUGAGGUGGAUUUGAUUUGAAUGAUCGAUAUCGUCAACCGGAUAAGAUUGUGCCGUUUUCACACAAGCUUAUCAAGCUAAUAAGGAUCCGUACUGUAAUAUCCAACCGACGGGGAACGGGAAUGGGAUUGUCAGGUUACUUACUCGCGUAUGGGGCCGUGUCGAGAAAUCUAUUUUUGUCAACAAGUACAGUAGACAACAAGUUCUCUGCCGUGUUUUCCCUGAGUUAUUGGUGUCUACAAUACUAUGGCCCGCCCAUCCCUAAGUAGUCACAUGGACUUUCGCGAUGCUUGGUUGGACUCUGAACGGGAGGUACGGAGUCCUGUAUGUCUACCCCAGAUCCAAACAGGCUUGGUGUUUCUCGCCGUUCUGUUUGGUGUGCGUUUCUUUCCCCUUGGGGGCGGACCCUGAACCUGCAAUUUUCUUUCGUAACAGGAGACAUAUCUUGGCUCUCGCCGUGACUUGUUAUAUACGGAGAGUAACGGUCCUGCAUUCAAUCUGUGGGCCAAAGAGAGAUGAGGGGACGAGGAUGUGUGGCACAGCCUCAGCCUGAUUAUUCUUCAAGAAGAUUGCUUCUUUGCCUUUGUUCUCUGUCUUUUUGUCGGGUGGCUGAUUCUAGAUGUUGGUCUGUAUGUCUGCAUUUUGCCGGCGCCACAAACAAAUAUGACGAUGUACGCGGAUACGUCGGUACGGAGUACGUCCCUCCGUUUAUAGAUCAAGCAAGAGAGUCAAAAGAGUACUGCACACGGAGAGCACGAGUAGUUGCUCAAGCUCUUCCACCCAAGCUGUCUACUUUCGCUUGUAGCAACUAAACACGGCGAUCGAAAUGCUUCGAUGGUCUCCAUCUUAAGGCCACCUGCAAAUGAGAUGUGAUUGUGAGAUGAAAGGUCCUCAAGGCAUCUGCCGCCCGGAUCCACUUUGGGUCUGCGCCCCCGGGUCCCUUUGCAAGUUGGUGCUCUCUCUCUCUCUCUCUCUCGUUCAGCCCGGUUGGAAAAAAGGCAAAAAAGCAAAGCGCUGGCCCCCUUCCUCCUCAUCAAGCUCCAAUCACAAGCUUUUGUGACUGGCUACAAGCAACAAACGUGGCUUGCACCGACCGGCAGCUAAGGGCGUCUGGUAAACACCAUGAUGGGAGGAGGGCCAGAAGGUCGCAUCAACGUCUCUGAAGACCUUUUGCUUUGCGUUAAUGUCUCACCACCCGUCAAGCUGCAGGGCAGGAUUCACACCUCGUGGCCUAUUUUCUACUGCCGAGACGUCCUCGUAUUGGUUACGCGACCCAGACGGUGAGGCCCUUCUCUCGUGUUUACCCGUGUUUAUUUACGGUAGCUUCCCGUGAAGUCACCAGGCGGUAGGGGAAGAUGGUUUCGAUGGAUCACCCUUGUUCAGCCUCAUGUCCAACCGGACACUAACUUGCCCUUGGAACACGGCAAGCAGGUGUUGUGACGGGACCUGUCAACCGGUCUAGCGACCUGAACGUUUCGUUACCACUCCCGGCGACUGGGGUGUGUGUCUCCAGAGCAAUCUCCCACCUGACGAUGAUAUAUCCACACUCUUACCGGUUUGUCCUUAAUACUCCCCGUAUGUAUGUAUGCUCUGCUGCCCUCCUCUCUGUAUUCUUCCUACUAUACUCUCGCUUUUUUGUAUUCUGGCAACCAUCUCUCGCCGCAGUCACUCGCUUAUACCUCGUCGUCGUCACUCACCUACCCAUCACCUCUAACUUACUCCGUAAUAUCAACACACCACCUUCAAGAUGAAGUCGGUUGCUGCUUUCGCCAUGCUGGCUGGCCUCGUCGCCGCAUACCCCGGAGAGGUCCUCCGCAAGCGAGCCCUGACAGAGCGCGACAGCGGCUGUCCUCGAGACCUGACGCCCGGUCAAUUCGAGUUCCCUCACUACAUCACCCAGAUCUCCAAGAAUGAGCCCGACAAGUCGUUCGGCCCUCAGUACAACGGCGUCUUCACCCCCAACGACAUCGCCUCCAUCUUCAGCUUCGACGUGCCCGCCGACCGCGCCGACGCCAACUGCACCCUCGAGUUCAUCUUCCCCCUCAAGUCGCAACUCAAGACCUCCAACUUUGACUACGAGGGUGGUGGCUCGUUCUUCUUCACCGGCUACAACCCAGGCAGCUGCCCCGGUCCCCAGACCACCUGGAACAACCAGCCCGCCCCUGGUCCUUUCCCACCUUUCCCUCCCAUCCACAUGGAGCCCGGCAAUGCAUACACCAUCGAUGUCGGUCCUUGCUUCGUCGGUGCCGGUACAUGCGUCGCUGGCAUGACCUCCACCAACGACACCAACUUCUGGUUCUUCCAGGACCAAGAUGAGUGCCCCAUUGGUAUCUACACCGCGUACGAGUACGGUCUCCCCGCUGCUGCACACCCAUAAGUGUGUAGACAAAUGCAUUUGUCUUUUUCGUUUUGAGAGAGCAUGAGAGGGGAAGGGGGUGGAAGACGUGGGCCAUGAGGGAAGCCCAAACGUUGCACGAAAAUGCACUCUUUCCUUUCUGUCGCACGUGGCCCGGCCAAGGGUAUAUUUUCGUGCAACGUUUUGGUGAAACAUGAAGUCAAUGGCACCACGUGGGAUUGAUUUCGUGGGAACUUGACCACCGGACAACAACAGCAACAACAAACCAAAAAAGGCGUUUCUUUUCUCGAUUCUCCAUCGCCCGCCAUCAACACAAUCACUUUCUUCGAUAUUCACCGCCUCCCCCCUUCCCAGACAUGUCAAUUCAAAAAAGGAAGUUUUUCCCAGAGUUUCACACACAAGUCACUCACGGUUUUGACCUUUUUGGACUGGUCUACGCACCUUGGAACCUGGCAUACCAGCACACACACAAAAUUGGGGGAGAUCGUUGGUGUACACACAUCCAAAGGGGCAAUCUAGCAAUUUUUAUGAUCAAAUCUUUUUUAUUGCUGCUGUUGUUGUUUCGUAUCUCUCUUUCCAAAGCGCGCGUUUUGGGGGCAUGCAUCAAUCAAUCAUCUCACGUACCAUUACCUACCUAUACUUAAUAUGAACACACAUCUUGACGGAGUAA